AUGGCUACAUUCAAAUCGCUCAAAGACAUCACAGACACCUUCGAAAGAGAGCUCACUUGUUCGAAUUGUACAGAAAUAUUUACCCAUCCCAAGACUCUGUUAUGUCUUCAUAGUUUUUGUACACAAUGCAUCGCUCAGUGUUACGAGACAAGCGGGGAUCAAGGCAACAAUCGAAUGAACUGUCCGAUUUGCAAGACGACGAUAGUUGUGCCAGAAGGCGAUCCUUCCAAGCUUCCUUCUUCAUUUUACUUGGAUUCUCUCCUGCUGUUGCUUACAUACAUACAUACUUUUAUUUGUUAAGCAGGUUAACUAAACUACUCAGCCACAGGCUGAUGUGGACCUGCAUUCAUUCGAUGAAAAGUAAAGCUAAUCAACCAGGAUCAGUAUCUCAUUGUGUUCGUUGUUGUGAACAUCCGCGAGUCUUGGUAGCAUUUUGUGUGCAGUGUAAUGGCUUGAUAUGUGAGACUUGCUUCAAGGCCCACCGGUUAUUCAAAGAAAUACAAGUUGAACACCAGCCAAUAAAGCUCGAUCAAUUUAAUGAGAAAUUUGUAAGCAGUUUUAUCAAAAACCAGAUGGUGUGUAAGUCCCAUGAAAAAAAGAAGCUGGAAUACUACUGUCAAGAGGAAACAUGUAGACUCAGCGUUUGUAAAGAAUGUGCUGCUUUGGAUCAUCAAAACCACCAACUGCAGAGCUUAGAAGACGCUGGACAGGACUCAAGGAAAUUGAUCGAAGGAGCGAUGAAUCGAGUCGAGCAACGGAAAGACAGCUACGGAAAAGAAUUAGAACACUCUAAAGAAAACAUAGAGAGAAUUCAAAAAGAGAUUGACGUGGCAGAGAGGGAUGUUGAUGACGUGGUUAAAAUGAUAUGUGAUAUAGCCAAAGAUCACGGAAGAGCGAUGAAGGAGGAACUGAAGCAGACGCUCCAGGAAUUAACAACAGAAAAUAAUGAAGAGCAAACGGCUAUUCAAACAAAAGUAAAAGAUUCAGAUGAAUUUGUGCUACAUUGCCGAGCACUGUUGGAGAGAGAUGUAGCAUAUGAGGAAAUCAAAAGUAAGGAAAUGAUUCUAGAAAGAGGUAAAAUGUUAAUACACCGAUCCCUCAAGCUCCGCCCCUUCAUAGCAACGCAUAGCAACCAGGCAACCUCGGACAUUAAAUCCAAUAUGGCGGUUCCUUGCGUUACAUCGAUGAAUGCAUUACCCAAAGAUUUUGGAUUAAACUUCUUCGGAUCACGACCUCCAAUCCAGCGUAACGUGACAACACGUUACUCUGUGACAGAGCAAGUCAUGCAAUCGCUGCAAGACAUCGGCAGGAUUGUGAAGAAUGUGACGGACCCUGCUCGAUCCACAAUUGAAUCAGUGAAGAAAAUUCGUCCGGGUUUUAUAAACGAGUGCAAGAUAAUCACCAGGAAUACAGAAGGAGAAGUGUGUCCCACAAGAAUCGAGUCUAUUGAUGUUAGAAUCAAAGAUGCGGAAGGCAACGAGGUGGAAAUGAAAGUGUCUGAAGAGCAAACUGGAAAAUACCGUGUGAGUUUUAAACCACAACAAAAUGGACGGCACGAAAUUCAGGUGAAUAUUGGAAGAGAAAGGAUCAUGAACUCGCCUCAGAACGCAGAUAUACUCGAUGUGAAGGAGUUGUUCAAACCUUUGAAAGUCUUUGGACGAAGUGGAAUUGAUAAAGGACAGUUUAAUUAUCCAUGUUCGAUAGCAGUCAGUGAUAAUGGAGAGAUAGCCAUUGCUGAAUGGGGUAAUCACCGUAUUCAAAUAUUCAGUCUUGAUGGAAACUAUUUAAGAAAGUUUGUCAUCAGAAGAACAAGAGAAGGUCAACGGUAUUAUCCAUGUGGAGUGAUGUUUAAUGGAGACAGCCGAAUAAUUCUUAGUGAAUAUGCAACAGAUGGUAAAGACAGGAUGCGAGAGUUAAACUUAAACGGUUCUUGUAUCAAAACCAUCUACAGACAUGACCAAUGGUUUGCACCGCGUGGAAUGUGUGUUAAUGAUGAUAAAAACAUCGCAGUGUGCUGUCGGGGAAAACAAGAACUGGGUAUCAAACCUAGUAUCAAGGUGUUCAGUAAACAAGGAGAUUUAGUUCAUGAGUUUGAUAUGCCUGAUAAUAAUGGACAGCCCUGGUACAUCACCUAUGGUAACGGCAAAUACUUUGUAUCUUAUUAUGACAUAAACUAUGUUAGUGUUUUUGAUGUGAAUGGAGUUUUCUUGUACAAGUUUGGGGAAGAGGGAGAAAGAGACGGUCAGUUUAAUGGUGUACAUGGACUGGCUGUUUAUGGUCCAGACAUGAUUCUUGUCUGUGAUCGUUAUAAUAACCGUGUUCAACUUUUCACACAAGAAGGUCAGUUUAUAAGGUCAUUUGGUGCUGGAUACGGUUCAGGUGUUGGUCAGAUGGCUGGUCCUAUCGAUGUAGUAGUUACAGCUGAUGGUCGAGUGUUUGUGGUAGAAUGUUUGGGUGGUAGAGUUACUGUUUGGUUUUAAUAGAGAUACCAACCAUUCAACACUUUUGAAAACACAUCUAUAUACCUCUCAUGAGUACAGUGAAAUUCUAAUAACACUUUCAAUAUUUUUUCCACUUGAGAAAAACAUUGAUUUUGUCUCAUCACUGACGAGUUAAUUUGAAAUUAGUAUUUCUUAGUUUUCUAG